ACAUUUCAUCAUCUUGAAAACAGCAUUCCUCGACACCCCUUUGUUUAUUCUUCCAUCACCAAAUUGCUUAUAAAAUAUAUAUGCACACAUAUAUACACAUAUAUACUAAUUUUGCAAGGUUUUUUAUUCUUCAACAAACCCACCAUCAUUAUCAAUUUGUUUUUCUUCAUCUUUACUACUUCAACCACAAUUGAAAGCUUGGUUUCAGCAGAAUUGGUUGGAUACACAUUUUGUUGAUGAUUAUAUAAAGAUUUUGAAUAGCAAUCCACAAUGGGGGAUAUGAAUAGAUUGGUUAAGAACCGAAGAGGGUUCUAUGUGAAGAUGAGGUUCUUCAAAACCAAGAAUGAGAAAAAUGGAAAACCAUUCUUGGUUAGGUACUUCAAAUGGGUAUUGUGGUUUUCGUUAUCGUUUUACUUCUUUGGUAAGUUCUUGAAUGGUCAUGAACCGAGUACGAGUGGGUUGAAGACGACGAUGGUUAAUCAUUCGCAUCGCGCGCUUUCGGAAUCGGUUGUUGUUCGAGAAGAUAAAGAUGAUCAUGGUUUACUAAACGAUUUGAAGGUGUAUGUAUACGAAUUGCCAUCGAAAUACAACAGCGAUUGGCUAUCAAACGAGCGGUGUAGCAACCACUUAUUCGCUUCGGAGGUGGCGAUUCACAAAGCAUUGACGAAAAGCGAUUUUCGAACAUUUGACCCGACGGAAGCCGAUUUUUACUUCGUACCCGUUUAUGUUUCGUGCAAUUUCAGCACCGUUAACGGGUUUCCCGCCAUCGGACACGCGCGCGCUCUAUUAUCGUCCGCCGUUGAGCUCAUCUCGUCCGAGUUACCGUUUUGGAAACGGAGUAAUGGAUCCGAUCAUGUGUUUGUAGCCUCACAUGAUUACGGAGCUUGUUUUCAUGCCAUGGAGGAUCGAGCUAUGGCUGAUGGGAUACCCGAAUUCAUGAAAAACUCGAUUAUAUUACAAACAUUCGGCGUUAAAUACCAACACCCGUGUCAAAACGCUGAGAGUGUCGUUAUUCCGCCUUACAUUUCGCCAAAAUCCGUUCAAUCGACUCUUUCGAAGAUGCCUAUUGAUGGUAGAAGGGAUAUUUUCGCGUUUUUUCGAGGGAAAAUGGAGGUUCACCCGAAGAACGUCAGCGGACGUUUCUAUAGCAAGCGUGUGAGGACGGAGAUACUCCGAAAAUACGGAAACGACCGAAGAUUUUACUUAAAACGACACCGAUUCCCUGGUUACCAAUCAGAAAUCGUUCGAUCGGUGUUCUGUCUAUGCCCAUUAGGAUGGGCCCCAUGGAGUCCGAGACUAGUCGAAUCGGUAGCACUGGGUUGUGUUCCGGUGAUCAUAGCGGACGGCAUCCGUCUGCCGUUUGAAUCCACCGUACCAUGGUCGAAUAUAUCUCUAACGGUGAGGGAAAAUGACGUGGCAAAAAUCGGCCACGUACUUGAUCAUGUGGCAGCGACAAAUCUCUCCGCGAUACAACGUAACUUGUGGGACCCGCAAAUCCGACGGGCCCUACUAUUCCACGAUGACGUGGAAACGGGUGAUGCGACAUGGGAAGUGCUUGUAGCGUUAUCUACGAAACUCGGUAGGUCUCAUAGAAGGUCGAGGUUUUCGGCGAAUGGUUGAUAUACACGUGGCGAGUUUUGAUUGGAAAGUGGUAUGCCAGCUAGGUUGUUGUGUUCCAACGUGGCAUUGGUUCCUGGGACCCAUUUUGGACUUUGUUGCUGAGGUGGCAAUUAUUGAAACAAAUUGAAGUUGGGGUGGGAAAAGGUGGGGUGGUCCUCAUGGUUCAUAGUGUAGACCUAUCUGUCAUUAGAGAUAGGAGUACUAUUUUUACACUUUUGCCCUUAUUGGGUUUAUAUAUACACUUUAGGCCCUUGUAAAUUGUAAAAUGCUCUAUUUUGAAAUUUAAUUGAACUACACAUAAUCUAUUACACCAUUCUUUAA